AUGAACAACGAAAGCAAGGAAGGAUUCCAAGCUGUUCUAGAUGGGGCCUGUACGAAGUCUCCCCCCAGAAAUGUCUAUCUGUAUAUACUAGCAACCUUAAAUUUUUUCCUCGCUAUCACCGCAUCAGUGGGAAAUUUCCUUAUCUUCGCUGCUCUUCGAAAGGUAUCUUCCAUUCGCCCGCACUCAAAACUUCUGUUCCGGUGUUUAACAACUACAGAUCUUCUCGCUGAUGUUAGCUCGCAGCCACUAUUUGCUGUUGUAUUAAUUUCCGUGGCAAGAAGAGCAUUUCAAGUUUGUUAUACCAUCAUGAGUUUUAAUGAUGUUAUUGGCAAGAGUUUAGCAGCAGUUUCUUUGUGGACAUUGACUGCGAUAAGCGUUGACAGACUUCUCGCUCUGAAGUUGGGUCUAAAAUGCAAAAGAGUGGUGACGUUGAGACGAACACAAGGACUACUGAUUUUCUUUUGGAUUUUUAGCGUGUCUGUUUCCUGUUUAUACCGUUUUUUAAAUUUGAAGCAACAGUCUAUAAUAUCAAGAGUUUAUUCAGCGCAGAUCUACUUGUCGUUGGGAAUUUCCGCGUUCUCUUACGGCAACAUCUAUUUUUGCCUUCGCCAUCGUCUUCAAUCUCAAUUACAAGACGAUGUUCACGAAGGCCAGCAGACGCCGAAUGAAAGAAGAAGUCCCCUUAAGAUAGAAAAAUACAGAAAGACAGUGUCCACUGCUUUGUGGGUGCAGUUAACUCUAGUGGCAUGUUAUCCUCCUUAUGCUAUAGUGGCCGCGAUAGAGUAUCCGUCUGCUCCCACUCAUAAUAUUUCUCGUCGAAUUGGUAUGAAUCCAUUCCUUUAUACCUGGAAGAUCAGGGACGUAAGACGCGCAGUCAAACUAAUACUCAGACAAUGGAGCUGCAAAAGUUAAAAGGGGAAAUGUGUCAAGAGAUUUUUUUUUCCAUAAGUUGGUUAAAAUUACGAGAGCACUUUUUGUCUCGCAGGGGCGGCGCCUGUAAUGCCAAAGAGACGAAGGUGAAGUGAAUCAGUGGAAGGAAAAAAAGAAAAAGAAUAUUCUUUUAUUAAUAAGCAGUUAUCCUGAGAUACGUCCAUGACACAACUUGAAAAAGCUGGCCUAGCUUUUCUCGCUUUAGUUGCAGUCAUUUCCCUUGUCUUCGAGUCAUGAAUUACGAAAUACAACCUUAGAUUUAAUUCAAAGCACGUAUAAUGUACUUCUUAACAAAUCAGGGACAUUUUAGCACUAGGGCGAAUGAACAUGAUUGUGGAGUAUCUCCAUUUUCUCGUGUUAGCUAGUGCCCCUUUCACGACCAUUUACAUGAGUUAUUAUAAUUUUUGUUUGCUACGGUUAUUUGUAAUAGAAAAACUUGACAAUUUUUUUCUCUUCAGUUUGUUCUUUUUGCCCAUUUCCCCCUAAUUUGGUGUCAUCUCUAGCUAGUAAAUAAUUUAAUUUUAUCUUUUGAUCGGCAGGAAGUAUUAAAAUUCAAGGAUCAUUUCACGUGGUCGUUUAUUGAAUACUGAAUGUUAAAGAUUCAUAUAAUUCAUUACCGUGAUAACAUAUCUGUUCAUCUCCGCUGAAAGACAACGUGACUGUCAGCUCACUGACACAGAUCCACAAUUAUCUACUUCUCUCAAUGUGCUUUAACAAUGGCUAACAAAUAAUAGACAGCUGAAAAUUCUUAAAAUCUUUUGAAGUAAGCAUUCCAUACCAGAAUAAAUAGAAAUAUUGAUCAUACAGGGAACGACGAAUCAAAACUUUUGAAAUAUCAAACCCGCCAUGCGGCGUGAUUAAAGGGUCACAGUCCUGAUGUCCAUGCGCCUUAGCUACCGUUUCUCAGCUGAUUUACUAGUAUCACAAGAUAUGCAAUUCAUACUGUUUUUAACCAAGUAUAAUAAAAUAAUAUUAUAAGAUGAGUGAAAAAAUACUCGGAAACUACUGUACCUUAAUCUUUGAGGCAAGAAUGAUUUCGGAUUUCAAGAAUUCAGAACCGUCUUCUCUUCUUCAAUGCCUGCUAAAAGUCAGUCCUCUAUAAGACGGCCCCACUUCUGUCCGUCAUAGAUUGAGCUGACUUUCAGUAUUAAAAUUUUUAACUAGGUUCAAGAAACAGGCCAGGUGCACACGGCGAAGAGGAUUACGUUGAUUUCUAUGAUAGUACCAAUCUAUUACCUUACAUUGUUCAGUAAGUAUUAAAUUCCAGUUGAGACUUAUUUUCGCAAAUCUUGUUGACAGACGGUUUCUAUGGUUUCGAGAUCUGACAUCAAAAAUGGAAUUAUUGUGAAGUUCAGUCGAACUUGUUUUAAGCCGACACCCCUCGCGGAAGGUGUUACCAAGGGACUAGUUUCCAUCUAAAGACAAACAAUAAUGACCUAACUUCUAGUAACGCGAUUAUUUCUACCCACUUAAUUUGUCAAAUGUGGGCACAAUAUCCAAGUUUAAAUUAGGGAAAAUAAAAUUUCGUCGUCGCUCGUUUACGUCCACCAAAAACGAAAAAGUAAACAGUCUAGGCAAUUUCACGUCUAAGUGGCGUGCAUAGACGGCAAAGAAAAAAGUGCUUUUUUGACGUUCUCGUUGCCAUCGCGACGUGGGUGCUCAGUGUCCCUAAUAUGCAUGUCCUUUUAGUAACUGUGUUGCAUUGUCGCCGACUCAGUCCUCCUAAAAUGUUCUGCAAUUGGUAUAGGAUCCAAUGGAGCAGAGACCAGUUGUAGAAUUAUUGCACACAUUUUGGACAUAUACUACCGAUGAAUGGUUACGAAAGUUAGCACCGCAUCUGCAGAAGCGAUAGCCGUGAUAGGUCUCUUCCCUUAUAGUAACCCAACUUCAACUACUUCGGUGUUUAAAAAUCAUCAAAAUCAGAUUUUUAUUCAAAAUUAAGUCCUUAAAUAUCUUCAUAAUGUUUUAAGAUCACUUUUGGUUUUGCGGAGGUGGGGGCGCUGGGGUGGGCUGAGAUCGUACAUCUUGAUCCGUAAAAUUAGGGUGCAAUCUUCUGAUUUAGUUAAACUUGAACCUCACGUAAAAUUUUUACAAACAUAAAAUAUUAUAUCAGUUAUGUCCACGUUUUAAAUUCAAAUUGCAAUAAACGCGAUUCUUCUUCAACAGCUGAUGACCGUAUUUGGACAUUACUGACAGCGACAGAUGUUCUAAAUCCCACGGUUGAACACAAUAAUGAGAAAAAAAAAAUAAAUCUCCGUUACUAAUAUCUCUUUGACAGAAAUAAGAGUUUGAUAGCAUUUUACCUGUCUAUUAUCUUAGUAUACCACUAAAAAUUCUAAAGUCUAUAAGUAAGCAAACCGGUGGUUUCGCAAUCCCGUGGCAAAUACUGCAGCGAGAAUAUCCCAUUUAUGCAGUACGCUUCAACCACUGAAUCUUGCUGAAUCCUUAGUAAUACUAACUAACAGAAAACUUGGUAAUUACUUAUUAAACUGAAUGACGUAAGGUUUUUACGGAAGGAUUGAAUGGAAAUCGCUCAUGCAUGCCCAAGUUUUGCAUUUCCCGUCAGUAACAAUCAGGAGCACCCAAGGACAAUUUUUUGAAAAUAUCUGUUCGGAAGACGAUUUGAGAUCUAGAGUUUUCGGAACAUUUGUUGUAAAAUUUCUUGCUUGCCUGCCUCUCCUAGGAUUUUCGAAAAUUUAAAAAAUGGUAUAAUUGCCCAUUUUUAGCAGAUAAAAAGGUCACGUAGAGUUUUCCGGGAGCCUUUUUUCUGGCUAAAAUUUUCGAAAAGGUAAGUUUUGAUCCCUAUAAUUUUCGCAUCACUAGACUUUCAGCUAGGAAAUCCGAACAGAUGAGAACUUUUUAGGGGAUAAAAAUAUGCCUAUAUCUACCGUUUAAAUACUAAAAUACGUUCAACAAUGCUAUGUUUAAGUCGUUUGAACUAUAUUCUCGUUGGGUGCCCCUGAACAAUAUAUGCAGUGUCAAUUAAGUUAUAAAUUAAAAUAAAAAUAUAAAUUAGUCAUUAACAAAGCUCAUUCGCUUAGACGUAAUGAUGGCUAAUACAUAUUUAAAACACAGGUUGAAGCUUUUUACCGAAAGAAAGAAAUCGUCUUCGCUUAAAAAACUUAGUACAAAAAAACAAAGCCAGGAGGAACUAUAAUUGCAGUUAGAUAGACUACGCGUCAAGAAUCAUGACGAAUUUAAGUUUGGACAUUUACGCAGUGUCCUGUUCAACGUCUCUACAUGAAAACUACGAUCUUUAUUCCCUUGCAGCUGUUAAUAUUCUUCUAUCAGUCACAGCAGCGUUGGGAAACAUUAUCAUUCUGUUUGCUCUCCGUAAGGAAUCCUCCCUCCACCCGCCAUCAAAGCUUCUGUAUCUAAGUCUAACCAUAACGGACCUUUUAGUUGGGCUGCUUUCCCAUCCAACCUUCGUCGUUCACUUGUUUUUAAUCGUGGAUCCUCAGCGAGUACCAUAUUGCUGCACUUUUGCAAGGAUCAGCAUAAGUGAUAUGGCUGGAAUGAGCAUUAGUGGCGUGUCUUUGUGCACACUGACUGUAAUCAGCGUAGACAGACUUCUUGCUCUGUUGCUGGGAUUAGGAUACAAACAAACAGUGACUUUGAGGCGAACUCGAUCUAUUGUAAUUUUUAUUUGGAUCUUUAGCGUUUUAAUUUCGUUUUUGUGGCGCUUCUGGUCACAAGCUGUUAUCCAAGGGCUGAUAUCUGCGAUAAUUUGCAUCAAUUUGACAGCCUCAGCACUCUGCUACAGCAAGAUUUAUCUUUCUCUUCGUCAUCAUACUCAAGACCUUGUUCAGAGAAGACAAGUUAACGGCGAGGGAGGUUUUACGUCUGUUGCACGAUACAAAAAGACAGUUUCAGCCGCUUUGUGGGUUCAGCUGACAUUAGUGGCCUGUUAUCUUCCCUUUAGUAUAGUCAACGCUGUAGUAGAUCCGUUUUCCGUACCAAACCUUCUUUAUAAAAGAGUAACCAUAACUCUUGUCUUCUUUAACUCAUCUUUGAACCCAGUUCUUUACUGCUGGAAGAUCAGAGAAGUGAGAAAGGCGGCGAUA